AUGGACCCAAACACUCGUCUUGAUCAUGCCCUCUUUCAGCUCACUCCAACCAGAACCAGGUGUGACCUUGUUGUUGCUGGUGGAGGUGUGAGUGAAAGAUUGGCUUCUGGGCUGUUAGAACCGUUUCUUUCUCACCUAAAGAGUGCCAAGGAUCAGAUUUCCAAAGGUGGUUAUUCCAUCACUCUGCGUCCACCAGGUGGAUAUGCUCCCUGGUUCACUAAAGCCACCCUCCAAAGGUUUGUUAGAUUUAUAAGCACUCCAGAAGUUCUAGAGAGGUUUGUUACAAUAGAGAAGGAGAUUGUGCAGAUUGAAGGGUCUAUCCAGUCGAGUGAGAGGAGCAACUUGGUGGCAGAAGCAGAAGAUGGACGUGUCAGAAGGUCAACAACUUCCUCUAAGCUGAAAGAUGAGCAAGCUGGAGCCAAUGAAGAUGGAUCGGAAGAAAACUCCAGAGUUCGCCUUCAACGUGUUCUAGAUAAUCGUAAAGCUAUGCUUUGCAAAGAACAAGCAAUGGCCUAUGCCCGUGCUCUAGUUGCAGGAUUUCACCCAGAAUCUGUGGAUGAUCUUAUAUGUUUUGCUGAUGCAUUUGGAGCUUCACGUUUAAGGGAAGCCUGCAUAAAUUUCUUAGAGCUGUGCAAACAAAAGAAUGAAGACAAGCUCUGGAUAGAUGAGAUAGCAGCCAUGCAGGCAUCUGCUCAGCGUGAAUUGCCAUACUUGAGGACAUCUGGAAUCAUGCUUGCUGGUGAAGAUGAUACAAGCAGUAAAUUAAAUGGCUUGGUUGAUGCCUCAAUUUCUGAGUCAACGCCAAGUCAUGCAAGUUUGGACGGCCAAGAUUAUAGCUUGCCAACAUCAGGUCAAACACCAUCAACAGAUGGCAGAGCUCCAAUACCAAUGUCCUGGCCAAACCAUGUUCCUCAGUACAUUCAUAACCUUCAGGGUCAUUCAUUUCAACAAAUGCCUCCAUACCAAGGGUACCUCUAUCCUGGUAUGCAGGUUCCUCCUUCAUAUUAUCCAGGGAAUAUGCAUUGGCCUCCAAGUGUGGAUGACUCCCAUAUUGUUCAUGACCGAGACAAGGAUUACCAUAAAUCAUCAUAUAAGAAGAAGAAGAAGAAGAAACAUUCUCAAGUACUGGAGCAAUCUGAAGAAGAAAGCUCAUCAGCAUCCUCUGACUCUAGUUAUGAGAGUGAUUCGGAUAACCAUUCAAGCCAAGGUAAAAACAGAUCUUCAAAAGAACAUCAGCACAAAAAGAAGCAUGGCAAAAAGUCCUCAAGGAAAGUAGUUAUACGCAAUAUAAACUAUAUAACCUCUAGUGGAGAUGGUGAGAAGGGUGGUGUCACAGAGGGAAGUUUGUCCAAUGAGGAAGAAUUUGUCAAUGGAGAUUCCCUGAAACAGCAAGUAGAGGAAGCUGUAGGAUCAUUGGAGAGAAUAGAAAAGUCAAAUUCCCGUCACCAUAAGAAACGCCACAGUUCAAAACACCCCGGUAUGCUAAAUAGUUCAACAGACACUGAUUCCAAUGGCAUAAAGGGCAAUAACAACUGGGAUGCUUUCCAGAAUCUUCUUUUGAGAGAUGAUGAUUCUACUCUUGAUGCAGAAGAACAACCUGUGAAGUUUCAGGAGGAAUAUAUUGUCAAUCAGAAGUUUGAGAAUGGAAGGUCGAAUGAAUUUAAAAAUGAACCAGACAUUACACGAGUAAUUUCAAAUGAUUCCUUUGUUGUGACACAGAGGGAAUUCAACAGAGAGAGUCAAAAUCGUGUUUAUAACUUUAAGGAAGGGAAGGAUUCACUUUCAUUAAUGAAGAAAAAUAAUAGCACGGAUGCAGAGAUGCUGUUUUCUCAGAGAAAUGACGAAUCAGGUAGCUAUUCCAUGUCCACUCUGUCUGGCAAUGGUCCAGAAUCUUCCCUCAUUAAACGCCAGAAAGAAGAGGAUUGGUUCAUCAUCAAUCAGUCUCAUAAACCAAGAAAUGAGGAUCAGAAUCGAGAUUUCAGCAUGUUUAAUGGUGUUGCUACAUCACCAGCUACCGAUUCACUUCUCUUACAGAAAAACAAGAAAGACAUUAUGACUGAUGACUCUUUUAUGAUUCAAGCUCGAUCAGCAGAAGAUCAAUUCAAUUCUCAGUCAGCAGCUGAUCUAAGUUUGGUUUCAGACAUUGUUGGGGCUACUGAAUUCAAUAACAGCACACAAGAAGGUUCACACAAUAAGACUGAAAUCUUAAAUUCCCAUGAGCCCGAAGACCUCUUCAUGGUUCUUGAUCGUGAUUCAGCGGCUGAGCAAAGUGUGGCUCCCUGGAGCAUGGAAAUGGAUUAUGAGAAUAACAUUUCUUCAAAUGAAGCUAAUAGAAAGCUUUAUGAAGUUGAAACAGAUCAAAAUCAUCCAUCUAAUAAGGAGGGUACUGAUAAAAAACCUUCUGGAAUGAGAAAUGGGAAAGUUUCAAGUAAAGAUGCAAAGUCUAAGGCUCUAAAUGCAUCUCUUGGGAAAAGCAAAUCUGAUAUCACAUCAAGAAGCAAAUCAUCCCCUGGAAGCAGAACUGGAGUUGUGAAGAGCAAAUCUGAGAAGGAAGAGGAAAAUAGAAAGAGAAAGGAGGAAUUGAUGAUUCAGCGGCAGAAGAGAAUUGCUGAAAGAAGUGCUUCCAAGAAAACUGGUAUGGGAACCAAGACUUCCUUGACUUCUGCAAAGAAAGAGAAUCCUAAGAUACAUCCAUCCAAUGAGGAGACUAAGAAAUUGAACAAACCAGUUCUCAGAAGUUCCACCAUCGAACGCCUUGCAACUGCCCGAGUAAGUCAGCCGAAGGUUUCACCAAGUCAAGCAAAAUCUGCUCCAACCAAAAAACCACUCUUGAAGGCAAAUGGUGUACCGUUGCAGAAGACUAGUAGCACAGAAAAGAAGCAGGGCUCGAAAGAAAUCAAAUCUUCAAGUCAUAAAAAAGACACGAAGAAAACAAAUGGGGAAGUUCUGGCCUCCACUAAUGGCAAGGCUAAGGAUGAAAUGGAAGACUCAGUUGCAUUGCCAAUGAACUCUAGUGCGGCACAAUCUGUUGAACCAAAUAACAAUAAUCUUGAUUUGAAAGACAACGGCGAGCUAACCAAGACAUCAUCAGAGAAACACACAACAUAUUUGAUUUCAGAAAGAGAGCAUGUACCAGGAAAUGUUGGCCGGAUUAAGUUGGACACUUCUUUUCCAAAUCACGAUCGCGCAUUACAAGGAGUUGAACAAGUGUCAAACAAGUUGUCUUCACUUCCUGGUGAUAACAAGCCUCAACACAUUACUGAUGAGAUCACACAUCCUGCAGCUGCAUUACCCAGCAAACCGCUUACAGUUUCUGCUGUGGACUCGAAGGGUAGUCAAGAAAUAGAUGAAAGUAAUGCUAUCUUUUUUAAUGUCACUGAGAAACAAAUUUCUACCCCUCCACCCAGUAGCCAAGUGAUGCCAGAACCAGUCCACUCCAGGAAAAAAUGGAACACUGAUGAGGACUCUUCAAAACCAGCAAAAGGAUUUCGUAAGCUUCUAUUCUUUGGAAGAAAGAGCUGA